AUGCUGCUGGCAAUGUCUUGGCUCUUGCUGCUUCUGAAGAAUGGGCCUUUUGGACUCCAAAAGAAAAUAAAAAUAAAAAUAAAAAUAAUAAAAAUAAAAUUAAUAAUAAUAAUAAUAAUAAUAAUAAUAAUAAUAAUAAUAAUAAUAAUAAUUUUAAUUACAAUUUCAAUUAUUGCUGCAGCGGUGAGGACAGCCAACUGCCACUGCCUGCAUUGGGUUAUGGGCUCGCGGCUGCUGCUGCCCUCUGCUGCAUGCAGCAGCAGCAGCAGCAGCAGCAGCAACAGCAGCAGCAGCAGCAGCAGCAGCAGCAGUUUUGCUGCUCGCGUGGGCUUGCUGCUGGCCGUCACAGGGGACGGGGGCCUCUGCCUUUGGUCGGUGCCGCUGCUGCCUUUUCUUGAGACAAAGCUUCCAAGCUGCAGCAGCAGCUGCUGCUGCAGCAGCAGCAGCUGCAGCAGCAGCAGCUGCUGCAGCAGCUGCUGCAGCAGCAGCGGGAGCAGCAGCUGCAGCAGCAGCAGCGAGGCGGAAGACCUGCAACAGCCGAGCGCCUCAGAACAGGAGCAACAACAGCAGCAGCAGCAGCAGCAACAACAGCAGCAGCAGCAGCAGCAGCAGCAGCAGCAGCAGCAGCAUGCAGACAAUGAAUUGGGGGCUUUCUCCAAAGCUCCAGAUGAAGCAGCAGAAAGAAACUGGUGCUGUUUGCUUCCCGCCGUUUGGCGUUUUUCUUCGGCUGCCUUUCGUUUCUUUUGCUGCUGCGCUGCACCUGCUGCAGCAGCACCAGGAAAAAGCAGCAGCAGCAGCAGCAGCAGCAGCAGCAGCAGCAGCAAAGAGACAAAUGAAGAAACAAAUGAGAGUGCUGCUUUAGUGGUGGUGGCUGGGGCUACCGGCGGCCGUUUGUGCGUCUUCACUUUUGCUGCUGCUCCAGCUGCCAGCAGCAGCAGCAGCAGCAGCAGCAGCAGCAGCAGCAGCAGCAGCAGCAGCAUAGGUGGGGUGGGGAGUACUGAAAAGUGUGCUGCAGCCUCUAUGCAGCAGCAGCAGCAGCAGCAGCAGCAGAUCAUAAGCAGCUUAUACAUAUUGUGCCUGUGCAGCCCUUUGACGGAAAUUCGCUGCUGCUGCUUCUGCCCUGCUGCUGCUGCUGCUGCUGCUGCUGGGGGCGGGGGGGGCUUGCUGCUGGCUGCUGCAGCACGGGGGCAGCAGAGCCGCAGCAGCAGUUUGCUGCUGCUGGAGCUGCAGCGGUGCAGAGCUGCAGCAGCGUGCGGCGCAGCGGGGAGCGCAGCAGCAGCAGCAGCACCUGCUGCUGCUGCAGCAGCAGCAGCAAAAGUCUUCGAAGGCAACAGCAGCUGCUGCAGCUCCAGAGAUAUUAACCAACUUGUCUGGGGGCCCCUUUGCCGCUACAUUUUCUGCAGCAGCGAAAAUGGUGUUGCAGUUAACUGCAGCAGCAACUCCGUGCUGCAGCUGCCUUUGCGGCUGCUGCUCAGCUGCCUCACCAGCAGCAGCAGCAGCAGCAGCAGCAGCAGCAGCAGCAGCAGCAGCAGCAGCAAGAGGCGUCGAACGUCGAGGGGCGCUGCGCCUGCGGCGCGCAAAAGCAGCAGCAGCAGCAGCAGCAGCAGCAGCUGCUGCUGCGUUGCUGCUGCUGCUGUAGGCCCUUUCGUUUUCUUCGCCUUCAGCAAUGGCAGCUUAAUUCAGGCAGACACUGCGACACUGGAGGGGGGUUUGGAGUGUAUAGGCAGCUUUCGCUGGAGCCUCGCAAAUGAGACUUUUGGAGUUUUGGAAAAAAUAAAAAAAGAAAAAGAAAAAGAAGAAGCAAAAAGAAUUGCUGCAGCAAGAGCAGCAGCAGCAGCAGCGCUGCAGCAGCAGCGCCGCGCGCUGCUGCUGCUGCUGCAGCAGCAAGUCCGCGCAGACACGCAGCAGCCAGCAGCAGCAAACGCAAAAACAGCCAUUUCUAGCAACUCCCCCCCAAACCAGCAGCAGCAGCAGCAGCAGCAGCAGCAGCAGCGGCAGCAGCAGCAGCAGCAGCAGCAAAUCUCCGCAGAGUCGAUGCAGCAAAGAGUGCAGCUGCUGCUGGCGCUGCAGCGGCUGGAGGAGCAGCAGCAGCUAAUUAGAAAAGGACUUUUAAUAAAAGAAAAUGAAUUUUGGAAUUUAAAAAAAAAUAAUUUAAAUUCAAAAAUUCCAAAAAAAAGAAAAAUCGAAAAUUCCGAAAACACAGAAAAUGAAGCGCCUUCCAUCCUCGCGCCCCACAGGUAA